AUGAACGGCUUCGCAUCUCAUGGCCUGGACGAGGAUGCCUUUGGGGAGAAGAGAGGCAACAUCGUCCAGGCGUUCGAUGCGUUUCCCAAAGCAAAGCCCCAAUAUGUAACGCAGACCUCUGGCGGCGGGAAAUGGACCGUCGCCAUGCUCUGCGUUUCUUUCCUCCUCAUCUUCUCCGAGUUCACGCGCUGGUGGCGCGGACACGAGACACACGCCUUCGCGGUGGAAAAAGGCGUCGGCCACAACCUGCAAAUCAACCUGGACAUCGUGAUCCCCAUGCAAUGCUCUGAUAUCCACGUCAACGUGCAAGAUGCUGCUGGGGAUAGGAUUCUGGCGGGCGAUAUGCUGAAAAGGGACCCAACGAAUUGGAGGCAGUGGGUUGAUGCUAGGGGUGUGCAUAGACUAGGGAAGGACGCGCAAGGGAGGGUUAUCACGGGCGAGGGGUUCCAUGAUCACGAGGAGGGGUUUGGAGAGGAGCAUGUGCAUGAUAUCGUUGCCCAUGCUGGGGGCGGACGGGCGAAGUUUGCGAAGACGCCGAAGCUGAAGUGGGGGAGACCUGGUGGUGACAGCUGCCGGCUGUUUGGCAGCUUGGAGGUGAACAAGGUGCAGGGAGAUUUCCAUAUCACUGCUCGAGGCCAUGGAUAUCAGGAGAUGUUUGCUGAGCAUAUAGAUCACAGCUCAUUCAACUUCUCACACAUCAUCUCCGAGCUCUCCUUCGGUGCCUUCUACCCCUCCCUCCUCAACCCCCUCGACAGAACUAUCUCCACCGUCCCAAACCACUUCCACAAAUUCCAAUACUUCCUCUCUGUGGUUCCCACCGUGUAUUCCGUCGACGCGAGCAGCAUCUACUCCUCACGCACGGUCUUCACAAACCAAUACGCAGUGACAGAGCAAUCAAUGAUCGUGGGUGAACGCUCUGUCCCGGGGAUAUUCUUCAAGUACGAUAUUGAGCCUAUGUUGCUCACGGUCGAGGAGAGCAGAGAUGGGUUUCUGAGAUUUGUGGUCAAGGUUGUGAAUGUGUUUAGCGGGGUGCUGGUUGCAGGGCAUUGGGGAUUUACUUUGACGGAGUGGGCGACAGGGGUCCUGGGGAGAAGGAGGAAGAGGAUGAGCGACGGCGUGCUAACGGGGAGGGCCCAUGAGCGGGACGAUUAG